AUGACAGCGACAUUCAAGAACACCACACUCUUUGGCGGGGCACUCACUUGCGACCUGCCCACCAGCUUCGCCGACGUCAGCCAAAUACGACAAGUCCCCGACAACCAGGAGGUGUACAUCGACAAGGACGGCUUCACGAGCAUCAUAAUCGAAAUCAACGAGCGCGUGGGCGGGCCCGGAAGCAGCCCCGAGAUCAAUGGCCACGCGCUUACCACCCACCUGGAAGAGAUCGUCGAGGAGGACAUCGAGAGGGUCAAGGUUUGGAAUACGACCACCACCGUGUUCUCGCGCCUCGACCCAGACAUACCCGCCUUCACUCUAAUCGCGACGCAAGCGCCGCCGCCUCCACUCCCAGCAGAGGCCGGAGGUUCGAGCCGGGAGCGCUCCAACGCCUCGCCCGACUUUACGGCCAUCAUCCUGACGCUGGUGCGGCUCGAGCGCGAGGAGACCGACAUCCUGAUCACCAUCAACGUGCCCCACAUCCGCGGCGAGUACGAUGAGGACGACGUCGACCUGCAGCUGGGCAAGCAGGGCAAGCUGAUUGGCGACGCCGUCGACUACGCCGCCCGCAUCUGGGAGACGUUCAAGGUCAAGGACUGGGGCCUAUUUAAGGCGAUUUGA